UACAUUUUUCACAUUUUAUCACAUCCUUCAGAUUCAUUUUUUCCAAUCAAAAUUCGACAGAACACCCAAUGUGACUAUGUGGAAAAUAUUUAUCCAUCCAGCCAUGAGAAUACAUAUUAAAACCUGAAAUCAAAUAAUUCUCACAUAAAUACAGUGCGUAGACUAAGUAUUCAUCCAUUUUCUGAGCAGCUUAUCCUCACAAGGGUCAGUGCUGGAGCCUAUCCCAGCUGUCAACGGGCAGGAGGCGGGGUACACCCCGAACUGGCAGGGCACAUGGAGACAAUCACACCUCGGGGCAAUUUAGAGUGUGUAAUGUAGCAGUUCAGAGGACCCGGGUUCAAUCCCGGUCCGCCUGUGUGGCCUUUGCGUGUUCUCCCCGUGCCUGUGUGGGUUUUCUCCGGGUGCUCCGGUUUCCUCCAACAUCCCAAAGACAUUAAUUGGUGUGAUUGUGUCAGUCUCCACGUGCCCUGCGAUUGGAUGGCGACCAGUUCACGGUGUACCCGCUUCCUGCCCUUUGACAGCUGGGAUAGGCUCCAGUACUCCCGCGACCCUUGCAAGGAUAAGCAGCGAAGAAAAUGGACGGAUGAGUUAUUCAACGUUGAUGCUUGCUUUUCCGAGCUCCAGUAUUGUACCUUGAACACAACUCAGCAGGAGUGACGUCCGUGCGUGAUGACGUCGUCCUUACGUCACUGCGGUCUCGUCUGGAGCAUCUCUGAUGGCUAAGCUAGGUCGCUAAUUGGACCGCAGCUUCAUUUUUGCAAUUCCCACGAGAAAAAUAGGCACACGCACACGCACACGCACACGCAAACGUCACGUUUCCCAAGUGGAGGAAGGAAACACUUAACAUUCGCCCGAGUGUCCGCGUCGGGCCGGUCGGUAUGGCUCUGCAAGGCCCGGAGGAGCUGGGGCAGCCGGUGGAAGAAUCGGAGGACCUGGACGACCAGGACGCCAGUAGUAUCUCCCCGGCCGAGGAGAUAACGCUGCCAGCCGGGCCCGGGAGCGACGACGACGCAGACGAGGACGACGAGGACGACGACGAGCCAGCGGGGACCACCGUGUUGCUGCCCUGGGACCGCUUCUCGGCCUGGCUGCACUGCAUCUGCGUGGUGGGCUUCGACCUGGAGCUGGGACAGGCGGUGGAGGUGAUUUAUCCGCAUCAUUCCAAGCUGUCGGAAAAAGAGAAAACCAGCAUUUGCUACCUUUCCUUCCCGGACUCCAACUCGGGUUGCCUGGGCGACACGCAGUUCUGCUUCCGCUUUCGUCAAGGCUCCAACAGGAAGUCGUCACUGGGCCACUUCCUGGAAAGCAGCGACAGGGACGCGCCCCCCUGCCUGAAGAGGGAGCAGGGCCAUUAUUACGGCUACGUGUAUUUUCGGCAAGUGCGGGACAAGUCUCUGAAAAGAGGCUACUUCCAGAAGUCUCUGGUCCUCAUCAGUAAGUUGCCAUACGUGACCUUCUUCCACUCGCUCCUCAAGAUCAUGGCUCCGGAGUACUUUGAGAAGCAGGAACCGUGUCUGGAGGCAGCUUGUAACGACGUGGACCGCUGGCCCACGCCGCAUCCGGGGAGGAUCCUCACGCUGCCCAUCAUGGGCGUGGUCAUCAAGGUGCGCAUCCCGGCGUGUUACGACAAAGCCGGAACGUCGCAGCUGGUCCAGUCGGCUCAGAGCGACAACCUCGUGUCCAUCGUGCUGCCCACCAUUCAUGAAGCGGACCUCUUCAGGUGUUUCUUUCCAGUCUUCUUCCACAUCCAGAUGCUGUGGGAGUUGGUGUUGCUCGGCGAGGCGCUCGUCGUCAUGGCGCCCUCUCCCGCCGAGUCGUCGGACACCGUGCUGGCGCUGGUCAGCUGCGUGUCGCCUCUGCGCUACUGCAGUGACUUCCGGCCGUACUUUACGAUCCACGACAGCGAGUUCAAGGAGUACACCACCAGGACGCAGGCCCCACCCUCCGUCAUCCUGGGAGUGACCAACCCUUUCUUCGCUAAGACUCUGCAGCACUGGCCUCACAUCAUCCGCAUUGGCGACAUGAAGCAAGCAGGUGAGAUGGCCAAGCAGAUGAAAGUGAAGAAGCUGAAGAAUCUGAAAACUCUCGACUCCAAACCCGGUGUUUACACGGCAUACAAGCCAUAUCUCAACAAAGAUGAAGACAUCAUCAAGCAGCUCCAGAAGGGUGUUCAACAGAAGAGGCCCCCGGCGGCCCAGAACGCAAUUCUGCGGCGCUACUUCCUGGAGCUGACGCAGAGCUUCAUCAUUCCCCUGGAGCGCUACGUGGCCAGCCUGAUGCCGCUGCAGAAGUCCAUCAGCCCGUGGAAGAGUCCCCCUCUGCUGCGACCGUUUGUCCAGCAGGACUUCAUGAGGACGCUGGAGAAGGCCGGACCGCAGCUCACCUCCAGACUCAAGGGAGACUGGAUCGGACUCUACAGGCACUUCCUGAAAUCUCCCAACUUUGACGGCUGGUUCCGCAACAGGAGGAAGGAGAUGACGCAGAAACUGGAGGCCCUGCACCUGGAGGCUCUCUGCGAGGAGGAUCUGCUGCAAAGAGUCCAGAACCACUCGGAGGUGGAAACGGUGGAUCUGGUCCUCAAGUUGAAGGAGAAACUGACUCAAGCGGAGAGGGAGCAUCUGCCCGUUCGUGGCGGCACGCUGGCCAAACUGCGAGCGCACAUCGACGGCGUCAUCCUGGCCUUACCCGAAGACCUCCAAGGUAUACUCCACAAGCCCGCCACGCCCUGACCUUUGACCCAAGAAUCCCCCCACCCCCCCCACCCGAAGAACGCUCGCUCGGCGCAUUUCCAAAGCGCUCGAAAGGCUUUUUAAAUCUGUUGGGGUUUUUUUGGAAAGUGCACUUGGGAUAACAAACACACACACACUAGUAUGCAAAUAACCUUGGUGCUUGUAACGGAAAAACAAACAAACUGGAAACAGCACAACAACAAUCCAACACCAGCAACAUGCUCGCUUCCGCGUCGGCCUUCUUCCGCCAUCGGGUCAAGGCUUAGGCGUUACGUUAGGCGUUAGGCCACCUGAGCCGAAAUGAUUCAAACGCAAAAUCCGUUGCCAGUUCAUUUCAAAAAUUUUGACGCGGCAAGGUUGGAAACGGGAAGGCAAUUAAUUGAAUUCAACUAAACCGCUUGGACUUUUAAGCUUUUUUUUUAAAAAAAGGAAAAAAGUUUUGAACUGUUUUAAUCCAGUCAGCAGCACAGCAACCAUCCCGCUUGCUCAUUUUCACCGUGACCAGUCAGGCUUCUCCAUUUAUGUCACAUGACCGCCCCGCCUGCCUAUCUCGAGUCAAGUCUUCUUCUUUUUUUUUUUAAAUUUCCAGUCCUACUUUUCAAAUGAAAUGCUUUCUCUGGCAAAUUAGAAACGAGAUUUUGCUGAACUUCCAGCAGCUUUUCUUUGGAUUUGAUUUAACGUCUCUGGAAAUGUUCCUGGAAACUUUGGCAGUCCCCCGAAACGUCGGAAGCAAAAAGAUCCUGUGGGUUUGUGGAAGUUUGGAGCAAUUGUGGGAACAUUUUUCAGUCUGUAAGAUGGAAAUGGCGGAUAACUCGUGGAAAAUAUCUUAAAAAUGACGGCAAACAUUGUAUGCCCAUUCUUAGUAGUGUGAUUUUAAAAAAAAAUAAUGGCCCAAAAUUCCUGGUCAAUCAAAUAGAUUGUUUCCAACAUCAGAAAUUUGGGGCAUUUAAAAAAAAAAAAAAAAAAAAAACUUUUCAUCCUUUUGAAUUCUGGAAGAAAGUUUCCAAAAGUUCCCACGGAACUUUUUCCAACUGGUCUUUUGAAUGUAUCAAAAAUGAUCACAUGGCCUUAAUUUAGCAACAGAAACUUGUUUUUCUUUCUUUCUUUGUUUCUUUCAAAGUCUCUCAGGAAAUCAAGGAAAAUUUCAGCCGCACUCCAAAUAAUGACGUACGCGCAUAUACUUCAUUAUUUUGCCCACCACUUGACAGCAUUAUUGGUUAUAUUCCCCCCCCCCUUUUUUUUUUUUUUUUUUUGCUUUACUUGUCCCAUUUCAUUGUUAUUGUAUUGACUUGAGUUUACUUUUAGCAUUUCACACAUUUUUUUUUUUAAAAUAAUUCCCACCAAGGUGGUGUAAAAAUCUUGUGAAACCUCAUGAUUGCCGCUUGACUGUAUUAUUAAAUAUGUCGCCGUUGUAAGUUGCGAUUUUAUUUCUGCGAAGGAAAUUGGCAGCCAAUUUAUGGAACGCACGUGAGGAUUUUUGUUAAAAUAUUCCUGGUGAUAAAUGGGACACUUUUCAUGGAAAUUUUCCUCAAAAGUGCGGAUUUCUAUAAAUUUUUUCCAAUGAAAUUGCUGAAAGAUUUCCACUCAAAUUUCUGGAACUCUUCUGUAAGAAAUUUGCCUGAAGUUUUGGGAAAGUUCUCCUUGAAGAUUGAGGAGGAAAUUCCCUCCAGCUUCCUCCAAUUUCCCAAUGUCAACAACCUUCCAUCAUGCUGGUGAAAUGCUUGAAACUUUCCAUGCAAAAACUUCAGUGAAUUUUCAAAAGAUGUUGAAAAAAAAUAGCACGAAAAUCCGAGGACAGCUACAAACGUCAAAUUUCAAAUUUUCAGGGGAUUUACAGAAGAUUCUCGGAAAUGUGGUUCAUCGGGAAAGAUUUCAUUGGACAUCAAGAAUUGAUGACAAUUUUGGAAAAUUAAAAAUGUAUUCAACAGAUUUCUUGUGAAUGUCCAUGCAAGAUUUGUAAAAAUGCUUCCCUGUGUUGUGUUUUUGUGCUAUUUUUUGUUUGAUGUGAUAUUUAUCAAGGGUAAAAAAAAUUCAUGUUGGGUGGUCUUGGGGAAUUUGUCAGAUGCUUUUCCAGUCAUUUUGCGGGAAAAAAAAUUUUUGGUGCAAAAUUCUUGCCAAUUCUGAGUGAGCAUUUUCAACUUCAGGACAUUUUCAUGGGAAAUUUGGUGGAAAUUUUCCAUGUAAUUCCUGAAAAGUUGAUGCAAGGAUUUUGGCUGGAGUUUUCUGUCAAAUGAUAGAAAAUUUCAGCUACUGGCUGGAAUCUUUCCAUAUUUGGCUGAAAAUUUUUUUUGAGUUUCGGAAUUUCAGAAACUUUGAAUCAUCUCCCAACUUCAAAACAUUUCCAUCGAAUAUACAAGUGACGUGACCUAACCCAAACUUUUUUUGGGAGAAAGGCUAAUCCUUCAAUUAAACUGCAUUCGUAAGGGUAUUAUUUUAUUGUAUGAUUUUAUUUCACAUAAUGCACAAUCGGAACAGCGAAACGUUUCUAUUUUUAACAAAAGUUUAUUUUAACAAUAUUUAUUUGUAUGUAACGAUGUAGAUGUUGACUUUUUGUUAAAAAAAAAAAAAAAAAAAAAACCUGCGCUUCAGGAUGCCCAAAUGAUUAUUUUGCAAAUACCGUAGAAGCUACCAUUAAUAGACACUAUUAUUGAACCACUACAUUUGGUGACAUGAAAUGGAUGGCCUUUCAUCAUUUCAUUUGGUUGUCAACAGUUGCUCAUUUUGGAUUUUAAAUGACCAAAAAAAAAAAAAAUUAAUAAAACCUUCAAGCAGCCACACGGUCAAUGUGUUUUGUUCCCAGGACAAUUUAUUAAUUUUUUUUAACAAUGUUUUUAAUUUUUGGGACACUAUUUUAAUUGCUAAAUGUAUUUUUCUAAUUUUUAGCAUUUUGAUUUUAUAUACCAUUCUUUUGCACUUUUUUUUAAAAAUGUGAAAUAGA